AUGAGGCUGGGCUCGGUACCAACUACAACCAAUCUACAGCCAUUUCAGACACCUCUCCUAAAUCAGAAAUCCGAUACCUUCCACACGACCAAGCCCAGCAUGCGCUCCAUUCUCGCCUAUGUACUGGCCCUCUUGGGCUCCAGCACGACCCUCGAAGAGCCGGUCGGCGUUCCAGGCCUUGUCCUCACCGCCGAAUACCAAAAUGAGGUGUUCAACCGAUCCGCAUCCUUUCACCCAAACUUCAGCUUGAACACUCCCGCAGGGAUCCAAGCCAACGGCCAGCUGGUCGUUCCCGACGUCGACCUCUUCUUUGGCGGAACAACAGGCCUAGGCAGGGCAGCUUUUAUUCAGGCCUUGGCUUUCGAUCCCUCUGGCGGCCUUCGAGCCCAAUUUCUCGACAGGGUUAUCAUCGUCGAGGGCAACAUCGCGAUGCUCUUGAGCGCCAACAGAAUCACCUCAAAUAGCUCCGAUGCUCACAUCGAGACUUCUCUGGCUGAGACUAUGAUUUUCGACAAGGAGCCUCUGUUGACGCGCAUUGUCAGCAUCAGCGAGGGAGGACUUGCGGCCGCCCAAGGAGCCGGUCAGGUCGCCGCACCGCCUCUCCAAGACAUUGUUCUCAACCCCAUUGCCAACAAGACGUCCGACUUCACCUUUAAGAUCAAGGAAAAGGCCGCGCAAUUCGUCACCAACUUCAACAGCGGAAACGCUUCCGCCAACGGCCUCCUCGCCACGGACGAUGUCACCGUUGUUUCUGACGGCCGCAACUCGACCGGCCGUGCCUCGCUUGUCAAUCUCUUUACACGAUAUAAUACUUCCGUUCCGGACUUGCUCCUUCAUGACGAGUUUGUGAUUGCUCAAGGCAACUGGGCUGCCACUGAAUACAUCUUCCAGGGGACGCGGAACGGCACCUUUACCAUGGUUAACGGAACGAGGAUCGCGCCUAACAGGGCUCAAUAUCGGGCUCGUGGAAUGCGCUUCAUGAGAUUCAAUGACGAAGGUCUGGUUGAUUUGUUCUGGCAGGUUGCUGAUAACGAUGCUUUUGUCAACCCUUUGAGUUUGUUGAAUCCUCUUGCGACUUUGAAUACUGUUGCGCCUGACUGCAUUGCUCAGCUGCCACGAUAG